AUGACCAAGAGACUGGCAUCCUUCAUGAUUGAGGACCUUUUAAUGCCCGAGAUCGGCGACUCGACCAGUGCCGACAGCGAGGGAGAUCUGCUGGAUGAAAUGGGCUACAAUGAUAUCCCUCAAAGAAACAACCACAGUCACCGCCACUGGCGCCAUCACGAGCAGCACCAGCAAGGUCGCCACCAGUGCACUAGUCCACCCGACCAACAACAGGAGGAGGGGAUGUCAAAGAAACCACGCAAAGCACGGACCGCCUUCACAGACUCUCAGUUGAGUGAGUUAGAGAGAAACUUUGAGUCGCAGAAGUACCUCAGCGUGCAGGAUCGUAUUCAACUGGCCAAUCGGCUCAAGCUGAACGACACGCAGGUGAAGACGUGGUACCAGAAUCGCAGAACGAAAUGGAAGCGUCAGACAGCAGUAGGCUUGGAGUUGCUCGCAGAGACAGGAAACUUCAUAGCCGUUAAACGCAUCCUCCAAACUAACCCCUACUGGGCCUCCCAUCCCGCCACCGAGGGCAUCCUCGCCAAUAUGGAGGCAAUCUCAAAACAGGCGCCACACACCAUCCCCACCGCUGGUAAUUCAGUCUUGAUGACACCCUCAAUGGAUUUGCCACCGAGUCCCCUCCUUCCAGGUGACGCCGCAGCAAAGACGACGUCUGACGCACUGCGCCAAUUCAUUCAAUCCCUCCUCAUUCCUCCACCCACCGGCCCCCUCCCAUUGCCUGCGCCCCAUUGGCCCGGACCAAUCAUGUCGCCUUCGCAGGGCUUCUGUUAG